GAAACUACACUUCCCAGAGUGCCCCGCGGCGGGACACGCACCCCACGUUAAAGAGCCCGCUCCGCCGAGCGCGGGCGGCGGCAGGAAGCCCUUCCUCUACAUGGCCAAAAUGGAGCAGCCAAAGGGGGUUGAUUGGACGGUUGUCAUCCUGACUUGCCAGUACAAGGACAGUGUCCAGGUCUUUCAGAGAGAGCUGGAGGUGCGGCAGAAGCGGGAGCAGAUCCCCCCUAGGACACUGUUGCUGACUGUGGAGGACCCCGAGAUGCGCGUGGGCAGUGGUGGAGCCACCCUCAAUGCCCUGCUGGUGGCUGCUGAACACUUGAGUGCCCGAGCAGGCUUCACUGUGGUGACGUCCGACGUCCUGCACUCGGCCUGGAUCCUUAUUUUGCACAUGGGCCGAGACUUCCCCUUUGAUGACUGUGGUCGGGCCUUCACCUGCCUCCCCGUGGAGAACACCCAGGCACCUGUGGAAGCCUUGGUCUGCAACCUGGACAACUUGCUGGACAUCAUGACCCAUCGGCUGGGCCCAGGCUCCCCACCAGGCGUGUGGGUCUGCAGCACCGACAUGCUGCUGUCUGUUCCUGCACAUCCCGACAUCAGCUGGGAUGACUUCCAGGGAGCCAGAGUGAUCGCCCUUCCAGGGAGCCCGGCCUAUGCUCGGAACCAUGGCGUCUACCUCACUGACUCCCAGGGCUUCGUUUUGGACAUUUACUACCAGGGCACUGAGGCAGAGAUUCAACAGUGUGUCAGACCUGAUGGGCAAGUGCCACUGGUCUCUGGGGUUGUCUUCUUCUCGGUAGAGACUGCUGAGCACCUCCUAGCCACCCAUGUGAGCCCACCCCUGGAUGCCUGCACCUACAUGGGCUUAGACUCUGGAGCCCAGCCUGUCCAGCUUUCUCUGUUUUUUGACAUCCUGCUCUGCAUGGCUCAGAACAUGAUCAGGGAGGAUUUCCUGGUGGGGCGGCCCCCAGAGUUGGGGCAAGGUGACGCAGACGUGGCAAGUUAUCUGCAGAAUGCCCGGGCCCAGCUGUGGAGGGAGCUUCGUGGUCAGCCCCUCACCUUGGCAUAUGUCCCCGAUGGCAGCUACAGCUAUAUGACCUCCUCAGCCAGUGAGUUCCUACACAGCAUCAUGCUUCCCAGGAUCCCCAGGGCCCAGAUUGUACACUCCCAGGUAGAGGAACGACAGCUCCUGGCGGCCGGGAGCUCCGUGGUCAGCUGCCUGCUGGAGGGUCCUGUCUGGCUGGGGCCUGGGAGUGUCCUGCAGCACUGCCACCUGCAGGGCCCCAUUCACAUUGGCGCUGGCUGCUUCAUGAGUGGGCUGGACACUGCACAGUCUGUGGCACUGCACGGCUUGGAGCUGCGUGACCUUGUUCUGCAGGGACACCACAUGCGGCUGCACGGCUCCCCGGGCCGUGCCUUCACUCUCGUGGGCCGUCUGGACAGCUGGGAGAGACAGGGGGCAGGCACGUAUCUCAAUAUGCCCUGGAGUGAAUUCUUCAAGAAGACAGGCAUUCGAGACUGGGACCUGUGGGACCCAGACACACUCCCCGCAGAGCGUUGCCUUCCCUGCGCCCGCCUCUUUCCUGUGCUCCACCCCUCGAGGGCCCUGAGGCCCCAGGACAUGCUGUGGAUGCUGGACCCCCAGGAGGAUGGGGGUGAGGCCCUACGGGACUGGCGAGCCUCCUGGCGUCUAUCAUGGGAGCAGCUGCAGCCAUGCCUGGACCAGGCUGCCACCCUGGCCUCCCGCCGGGACCUGUUUUUCCGCCAGGCCCUGUGUAAGGCACGGCACAUACUAGAGGCCCGGCAGGACCUCAGCCUGCGUCCGCUGAUCCGGGCUGCUGUCCGUGAGGGUUGUCCUGGGCCCCUGCUGGCCACGCUGGACCAGGUUGCAGCUGAGGCGGAAGACCCUGGUGUGGCGGCACGGGCAUUGGCCUGUGUGGCGGACGUACUGGGCUGCAUGGCAGAGGGCCAUGGGGGGUUACGGAGUGGGCCGGCUGCUAACCCUGAGUGGAUGCGGCCCUUCUCGUACUUGGAGUGUGGAGACCUGGCUAGGGGUGUGGCAGCGCUCGCCCAGGAGAGGGACAAGUGGCUGAGCAGGCCAGCAUUGCUGGUGCGAGCAGCCCGCCACUAUGAGGGGGCUGGGCAGAUCCUGAUCCGCCAGGCCGUGAUGUCAGCCCAGCUCUUUGUCUCCACGGAGACGGUGGAGCUGCCAGCACCUGGGCAGUGGGUGGUGGCUGAGUGCCCUGCCCGUGUGGAUUUCUCUGGGGGCUGGAGUGACACACCACCCCUCGCCUAUGAGCUUGGUGGGGCAGUGCUGGGCCUGGCUGUGCAAGUGGAUGGCCGCCGGCCCAUUGGGGCCAGGGCCCGCCGUAUACUGGAGCCCGAACUGUGGCUGGCGGUGGGGUCUCGGAAGGACGAGGUGGCCGUGAAGAUAGUGUGCCGGAGCCUGGAUGACCUGCGGGAUUACUGCCAGCCGCAUGCCCCAGGGGCCCUGCUGAAGGCAGCCUUCAUCUGCGCUGGGAUUGUGUAUGUUCACUCCGAACUUCCACUGAGCGAGCAGCUGCUCUGCUCCUUUGGGGGUGGUUUUGAGCUGCACACCUGGUCUGAGCUGCCCCACGGCUCUGGUCUCGGCACCAGCAGCAUCCUGGCAGGCACUGCCCUGGCUGCCUUGCAGCGGGCCGCAGGCCGAGUGGUGGGCAUGGAGGCCCUGAUCCACGCAGUGCUGCACCUGGAGCAGGUGCUCACAACAGGAGGUGGCUGGCAGGACCAAGUGGGUGGCCUAAUGCCUGGCAUCAAGGUGGGACGCUCCCAGGCUCAGUUGCCACUGAAGGUGGAGGUGGAAGAGAUCACUGUGCCUGAGGGCUUUGUUCAGAAGCUCAACGACCACCUGCUCUUGGUGUACACCGGCAAGACCCGCCUGGCACGGAAUCUGCUGCAGGAUGUGCUGAGGAGCUGGUAUGCCCGGCUACCUGCUGUGGUGCAGAAUGCUCACAGCCUGGUGGGGCAAACUGAAGAGUGUGCUGAGGCCUUCCGCCAAGGAAACCUGCCUCUGCUGGGCCAGUGCCUGACCUCUUACUGGGAACAGAAGAAGCUCAUGGCUCCAGGCUGUGAGCCCCUGGCUGUGCGGCGUAUGAUGGAUGUCCUGGCCCCCCAUGUGCAUGGCCAGAGCCUGGCCGGGGCAGGCGGAGGGGGCUUUCUUUAUUUGUUGACCAAGGAGCCACUGCAGAAAGAGGCUCUGGAGGCUGUGCUGGCCAAGACUGAGGGCCUCGGGAAUUAUAGCAUCCACCUGGUAGAAGUGGACACUCAAGGCCUGAGCCUGAAGCUGCUGGGGAGUGAGUGA